AGGAAUGAAGCUAAUCAAACGGACGCGUAGCACACAGUUAUUUUGCAUAACUUAAUGGUUUAUUAUCUAAAUCCACGUCUUUUUUGUUUCUCACAGACUGAACAGGGAAAGUUUUAUAUCCGAGGAGGAAUACCUGCCAACGAACGGAACGCAUCAUCCAGCAAACCGUCACACCUUCGCCUCAGUAUUUGAGUGCGUUGAGGAGAUCGGAUCUGCUUUCGGACUGCAUUUUCUUGUUUGUUUCUUUUUGGGGGUGAGGGACAAGUCCCUUAAAGUACGUAUAUUUUUCUUUUACAAAAUGAGUGUGGAUCUCUAGUUCUGUGCCCCGGUGUUCUGUAGGUUUGUGCGGAUCAUCUUGUGAAGUAGUUUUAGUUCCCGUAGACUGUUGUGUUCUCUCCCUUUUCUCUUACUUGGAUGCUGGAAUUUAAGACUGACAGUCCCGUUCUCUCCUCAUGCCCAUGAAAACAACUCUCGGAUGGUAAGGAUUCCAGAGAAUGGUAAAUGAUCGAUGGAAAAUCAUGAACAGUGUUUCAGAACUCGAGGAUGGACAGCAGCAUAAAUCGCAGAGGAUGAGCUGUAGCUAUCUCCUCUGCACCAUCCUGCUCUUUGUUGCUGUGUUACUGGCUGUCACAGUAACCGGGAUCAUCCUUCUGAUGAACCAUUACCAAGCGCCCAGUGGCCCCAAUGGCCCCCCACUCAUCAGCACUAACCAGGAUGAGGGUAAUGCCCUGGUAACCAUCGAGAGAGGCGACGGCUCCCGCAUCAACAUCUUCAUUGAUCCCAACUGCCCCGACUACAACAAUAACUUCCUGCGUCUGGAGGGCGUGCAGACCUCAUUGCUGCACUCGCUCACCGACCAUGACACUGAUCUGAAAUCAGUGAAAGGGCAAGACCGGGCUCUGCUUGUUAAACUGGCUGAGGAGGUGGCCAAGCUGUCCGCCCAUGCCAGUCAGCUGAAGAUGGAGUACAACGCGCUGAGACAAGGCCAGGGCAACAUCGGACAGGAGCUCAGCACUUUGCAGACCGAACAGGGCCGGCUUAUUCAGCUGCUGUCGGAGAGCCAGAUCAACAUGGUGAAAGUGGUGAACUCUGUGAGCGACGCGCUUAGCUCCAUGCAGAAGGAAACCGGAAACAUCAAGAGCCGUCUCAAGGCAGAUCUGCAGAGGGCUCCGGUGCACAGCGUCCGGCCCAAGGGCUGCACCAGUGGAGAAGGUUCCAGACCCAGGGAUUGCAGUGACAUCUAUGCCAGCGGGCAAAGAGAGGAUGGUAUCUACUCCGUGUUCCCCACACAUUACCCCGAAGGCUUCCAGGUCUUCUGUGACAUGAUUACUGAUGGGGGCGGAUGGACGGUGAUUCAACGCAGAGAAGAUGGCUCUGUUAACUUUUUCCGUGACUGGGAAGCUUAUCGUGAAGGAUUUGGCAAGAUAACAGGAGAGCAUUGGCUUGCCAUGAUGAACUAUGACAGGCCCGUCACGGAGUGUCAUCUUGGAGAGAUUGACAGCUUCACAACGAGUGCAGGACAGCACUUGCUAGCAGCGUCUCUCACGCCCGCUGUGGCUGAGAAUGACUUUUCCCAUGGCCUGCUCCUUUUUCUUCACACCAUGAUGAACUAUGACAGGCCCGUCACGGAGUGUCAUCUUGGAGAGAUUGACAGCUUCACAACGAGUGCAGGACAGCACUUGCUAGCAGCGUCUCUCACGCCCGCUGUGGCUGAGAAUGACUUUUCCU